AUGCGCUGGAUGUACGUGGCGGCGAUCUUACUCUUGCAGCUCGCCCAUGCCCGGCUUAUCAUCGACUGGCCCCAGAAGCGGUCGCUCGACGAGAAGAAGGCAAUGGCGAUCGCAUUUGUUCAAGACCAGCUUCAGCAGCACGCAGUACCAGGCUUUGCCCUCUCGAUCGUCUACCAGAACGAGACGGUGCUCACCCGCGGCUUUGGCACCAAACAAUACGGCAACGACUCGAACGUCGUGACUGAAAACACGCAGUUUCAGAUUGGGUCGUUCACCAAGACAUUUAUUGCGCUGGGGAUCGCCAAGCUGGUAGAUGAAGGACGCUUGAGCUGGGAUGACCCGGUCAAGCUCCGUCUCCCGUGGUUUGAGCUCGUUGACAAGUACGCGGAAAAGUACACGACGCUCGGCGACCUCGCAGCCAUGAACUCGGUGUUCGGCGCAUACGAAGGCGACAACGGCUGGGGCUUCGGCGUCCUCCCCGAUGAAUGGAGCCUAGUGCGAGCGCUCCGCACUUUCAAGACCACCCGACGUCUCCGUCCCGGCUACGCCUACGCCAACAUGAACUUCGAGAUCCUCGGUCAAGUGCUCGAGUACCAGACCAACAUGACGUGGGCCAAGUAUCUCGAUGCGACCUUCUUCCAACCGCUCGGUAUGGUCAACACGUACGGGGCAGUGCCCGACGUGCCAGCAAAUGGCGACCUCUCGUUCGGCCACGUCAUCUGCAACGGCAAAGUCGCUGGACCGUACGAUUUGCGGUCGUCGCCCGAGGUUGCACUUGGGUACAAGAACGGGCACUUGGCCGCCGGGUCGAUGCUCUCGACCGCGGCAGACCUCGCGAUUUUCUCCAAGUUUCUCCUCUCGAAAGGCGCGGGUAUCUUUCGCUCGCCCACGACCAUCGAAGCCAUGAUCACGGGCCACAAUAUCAACACAAUGUUUGCGCCGCUCGCCAAGCUCGUCGGCAUGUCGUACAACCCAGACGGCGGCGCCAUGACGGCAGGCUACGGCUUUGAUAUCAUUGGCAACCUCAUGUUUGGUCACCAUUACUUUGACAAGGGCGGCGACACGAUCGCGUUCAAGACUCGAAAUGGCUUUUUACCAAAAGAGCAGCUCGGUAUCGUGCUGCUUGCCAACGCCGAGGCCCACGGCGGCCCGUUCGAAGACGCUGUCUUGUCGGACCGCAUGCGGACGUACCUCGCGGGCAUUUUUCUCGACAUUCCCGAGCGAACGCUAGUGACCGCGCUUGAAGAGGCGAUUGCGGCCGCAAAUGCGCUGCGCCCGCCGUCGCCGUGCAAUGCGCGUGUCUUUGGCGGCGCGCCGUGGACGGAGCUGAGUGAUCCGAUCCCAGUGGCCGCCCAAAACGCUCUGAUCGGCACGUAUGUCGCAACGAUUUCAACCGAGUACUACGGCAACGCGACCAUCUCCCGCGGCCAGAACGGUGGUCUCCAGCUGCAGUACGGCGUCUAUGCGGCGCCGAUCUCUUUUGCGCGCAACUCGACGACGACGCUGCUGUGGGCGCUGGAUGCCAUGUCCAGCGGCGGGCCGGCGUUUGGUGUCGAGGGGCUCAACACGUCGUCGCCAACAAUUCUUGUGGAUGUCCCGUUUACCAAGGUCUAG